AUGGCCUUCGAACAUGAUCCUGCUGUCUCCGAGUAUCAGCAUGAAAGGUCGCGCCCCCGAGAGGCGGAGGCGCUGCAAGCCCUCCGCAAAAUCGCCUCCCUGGUCAAGCCCAUAAUGAGACAGCGAGGGUGGAAGGUCGGUGUUUUGACGGAAUUCUAUCCACCGGAACGUAAUUUGUUAGGGUUGAACAUAAAUAAAGGACAGAAGAUUUGCCUGCGCCUGAGGUAUCCUGGCGACGAGCGUCAGUUUCUUCCUCUGGAGGAGGUCACGGAUACAAUGCUACACGAGCUCUGCCACAUCGUCUUCGGACCCCACGACGAAUCCUUCCACAACCUCUGGAACCAACUCCGCGACGAGUACGACCAACUUAUUCGCAAAGGCUAUACAGGCGAAGGCUUCCUCUCCACAGGCCACAAGCUCGGCGGUAGGGGUCGUAUCCCUAUGCAUGAAGCCCGUCGCCUAGCUCGCGUCAACGCAGAGAAACGACGAACUCUCACGGCAGGAUCAGGGCAAAAGUUGGGAGGUGCUCCUGUACGGCGAGGCGUGGAUAUCAGGAACGUGAUUGCAGACGCCGCAGCGAGGAGAGCUGCGAUUAUGAAAGGCUGUGCUAGCGGCGUUGGUGCCGAGCGUGAGAAGGAGAUAGACAAGGAGACGAACAAAAAAGGGUUUCGGACCAAAGCAGAAGAGGAUGAUGCGAACGAAGAAGCUAUUAUGAUCGCCUACAUUGAUCUCGUCCAGGAAGAAGAGAGAGAUAAGUACGGUGACGCCUACAUUCCGCCCAGCAAAGAGAACCCCGCUGGCAGCCAAGGAGGCUUCAACAGAAUCAAAUCAGAAUCUGGAAUCAGAUCUAACCGUGCACCACCAGUUCCAGCAUCCAAAAAACCCAUACUUCCUAUCACCAACACGGUUGAUCUAGGCUACGGACAAAGCACGCCUCCCCCCCACACUCAACCUCCAUCCACCAAACCCCAAACACCAUUCUCAGACCCCUGGACCUGUGAAAUAUGUACCCUGGUCAACCCAGCCAACUAUCUCUGCUGCGAUGCCUGCAGUACCGAACGCUCGUUUCCCCCGCCUUUGCCCCUAUCAAACACUCAGAAAAUUGGCUCGACUCAAGCUAGGCCUAGCUCAAUCAGGGAUAGUAAUUCCAAGAAAGCAGUAAAGUCGCUCAUGUCUCUUGAGGCUACGACGUCGCAGCUGCCUAAGAAGCCGAUAGGUUGGUCUUGUCAUUCCUGUGGGAACUUCAUGGAGAGCGAGUGGUGGACUUGUGCUAGGUGUGGGAGUAUGAAGCAGAGUUCAUAA